AUGGAAAGUGUCAAAAAAUAUAAUUGCGCUUUUGUUCUGUUUCUUUGUUUUUGGGACGUGUCCGGUCAGCUUUCUUACUCUGUCACGGAGGAGGUAAGCAGGGGAACCGUGGUUGGAAAUAUAGCAAAGGACUUAAACAUUAACACCCAGGAACUGGAGACUCGCAUGCUCCAGAUGAUUUACGACUCGAAUAAGAAGUACUUCAAGAUCAACGGUAAAACUGGGGAAUUGUUUGUGAAUGACAGGAUCGAUAGAGAAGAGGUCUGCGGGUCGAAUGCGAAGUGUUUUCUGAGAAUGGAAGCUGUGGCUCAAAAUCCUCACAGUCUUUACAGGAUUCAAAUGCAUAUUUUGGACAUCAAUGAUAACGCGCCCACUUUCCCCGUCAGCUCGCUUACCUUAAACAUCACUGAAAUCGCUAAUCCAGGAGAAAGGUUUAACCUCCCAACAGCACUGGACGCCGACACAGGAAGCAAUUCUCUGAAAGGCUACAGACUGAGUCCAAAUGAAUAUUUCACUCUGGAUACACAAACCGAAGGGGGGCAAGGACUUUCUGCUGAAUUAGUUUUACAGAAAAAUUUAGAUCGAGAGAAGCAGUCGGAGAUUAAUCUGGUGUUGACAGCAGUUGACGGUGGCAAACCUCCAAAAUCCGGCACUGUGGACAUCAAAAUAAAUGUUCUAGAUGUGAAUGACAACAAUCCUGUUUUCAGUAAAACACUUUACAAGGCCAAGGUGCCUGAAAACGUUGCUUCCGGUGCCACAGUUCUUACAGUUACCGCAACAGAUGCUGACAGCGGUGUGAAUAGCGAAAUUAUGUACUCCAUUGUGGAGCAUGGGCAUAAAACAACGCAUGAUUUAUUCUCGAUAAACACGAUCACAGGUGAAAUACUGGCAAAUGGCCCACUUGAUUUUGAGGAAAAUCCCGCCAUUGAACUGCGUGUACAAGCAAAAGACAACGGUAGCCCUCCAAAGACUACACAGUGUAAAGUUUUAAUAGAAGUCAUGGAUGUAAAUGAUAAUGCACCUGAAAUAACUAUAACACCACUUUUGCAAACUGUGAAAGAAGAUACGAAGGCUGGCACAGCGAUUGCUUUGAUAAGGGUCUCUGAUAACGAUGGGGGCAAAAACGGAGAGAUACUUACCACCCUCAAAGAUAAAGGUCCUUUCAAACUCGAGACUAACUAUGAAAACUAUUACUCUUUAGUUGUAGAUGGAAGUCUAGACAGAGAAAAACAUUCCCACUACAACGUUACUGUGGUAGCCACAGAUGGUGGGACUCCACCGCUGUCCAGCUCUAGUGACUUUACAGUUUAUGUUUCUGAUGUUAAUGACAAUGCACCGCGAUUCACAGAGUCUCAGAUAACAGUUUACAUAAAGGAGAAUAUGCCGGUGGGAAGUCUGAUCACAACUGUAACAGCUCAUGAUGCAGACUUGGAUGAAAAUGCAAAGUUAACUUACUCUGUUAUUGACAACAAAAGUAGGCCUAAUGUACCUAUAUCAUCCUUUGUCAGUCUCAAUUCUGAUAGUGGUGAAAUAUUCACUUUACAAUCAUUUAACUACGAACAGAUGAAAAAGUUUACAUUUCAAGUUCAAGCGACAGACUCAGGAGUUCCAGCACUAAGUGGUAACGCGACUGUGCAUGUCCUCAUCCUGGAUGAAAACGACAACAGUCCUGUCAUCCUCCCACCCUACUCUGACCAAGGCUCAGUUAACUCUGAGACCAUCCCCUACUCUGCUGAAGCGGGCUACUUUGUGGCCAAGAUCAGGGCUGUAGACGCAGACUCUGGUUACAAUGCGCUGCUGUCUUACCACAUCUCGGAACCCAAAGGAACCAACCUCUUUAAAAUCGGAACCAGCUCUGGAGAGAUCCGAACCAAGAGGCGAAUGAGUGACAAUGACUUGAAAGCACAUCCGCUCAUCAUUCUGGUGUCUGACCAUGGAGAACCCUCCCUUUCAGCCACUGUGUCUAUUGAUAUUGUGGUUUCUGAAGUCAUAAUGGACGUGGAGAAGACACUGAGACACGCACCACUUAAUGAUGAACCAUUUUCAGAUCUGAAUUUGUAUUUGCUCAUUGCUAUUAUAUCAGUGACUGUAAUCUUCCUAGUGAGCCUCAUCACGUUGAUAGCGGUGAAGUGCCAGAGGACUGAGGGUAUUUUCAGCAGCUGCAGCGCCCCCAUGGUCACUACUCACCCGGACGGGAGUUGGGCUUACUCUAAAACUACUCAGCAGUAUGACGUGUGCUUUAGCUCAGACACCCUGAAGAGUGACGUGGUGGUGUUCCCCUCACCGUUUCCGCCUGCGGACGCGGAGCUCAUCAGCAUUGAUGGAGGAGACACUUUCAGCCUCAAGACACAAACGCUCCCCAGUACAACAAAGGUAGGAUGUUUGUUCGCAAUGGCUUCUGCUAUGUUAGUGGAAAAGUGA